AUGGUUGAUGUGAAAGAGAAUACUCGUAUCCUGGAAACCAAUAUAGGUAAAGGUACACUGAUCAAACCAGAGACCUUUGUGCUGUCCAGUUCAAAUGGAACUGACUAUGUGAAAGGCAUUGUGACACUGGUUGGUGACCUACUAUGCAAAGCUGAUCUGACAUUAAGACCACACAGAAACACCAACCAGCUAGUGAAAACCUAUGUUAGGGAUGAUAUGCCAUGGAGGUUACAACAGGUUCAAGAUGUUGGCAAUCAUAUAUAUUCAGCCAUUGAGAUCAUCAAUAGUAAAGAUAUAGACUAUGAAUUCCAGUCAGCGGAGGAGGUUAACAAAUUGAUGGAUGAAAUUCUGAGUCAGCUGAUGCGAGCGAGGCAGAGGUUUCUGAAUCCACUUAUUCCGUCCCUACAAGAAUUAUACCACAGUAGAUACACGAAGUCCUUAACACCACCCUUACCGCAUGAGAGUAUGGUGAACUUUUACAUCCUGGGUACCAAGCUUGUUCUUCAUACUUAUUAUCUUCAUCCUCUGGCUCUGCCUAAGGCACACAACCAGAAAGGACUGUCAUCCUCGGAAUCAAAGAGCAGAUUAUUAGACCUAGGGCCAAUCAAGUAUGAGUUGUUCUCCCAGAAUACAGUAGAGUGUGCUGUCCCAUGGGUUGAGGAAGUCACAGCCUGUCUGGCCUUUGCAAUGCAACUAUGUCAAGAACUCAAAGACAAGGUGUCCGUGUUUGCAUGCUGUUGGGAUGAGUACAGGUGAUGUACAGCUCUUGCCGAAACCACCAAACCAAAGAUGGUGAAUGGUUACCCUUUCAUUCUUCAUUCAGCACCAUUCCUUCUUGUCUAUUGUAGCAUCAGAGAUGAGUUCAGCCACCAGUCUGUUUCAUCCAGCUAGAGAAUCCAAGCUUCCAGAGCAACUUAAGAUUGUGCUGCUUUCAAGAAAUCCCUGAAAUUAUUUAGAUUUUUGCUAACAAGCAUGCAUUGUUUUAUUGUUAUACUUGAAUAGUCUCUCAGUCAAGACAGGGGCAAACAUCUAUGAUAAUUUGAAGAUCCAAGAUGUAUGUGGAGCUCAGCAUUAAUUGUUUUAUUGCCGCAACAAAAAUCAUGUUUUGUAAAAUUAGUAUAAUUUUGAAUAACUUUAGGAAAGUGCAUUGCCAUUAUAUUGCCCUUUGUUGUUAAAAUAAUGAUCAAAAUUCACAAAGAAGGAUGAGGGGGGGAGGGGUAUGGUGGGGGUUAAACCUCUGCCUUUUUGUCUAAGCACCUUAAAGGGAUGGUCCAAGCUGAACAUAUUUAUAUCUAAAUAAAUAGAGUAAAAUUCACAGAAGACAAUGCUGAAAAUUUCAUCAAAAUCGGAUAACAAAUAACGAAGUCAUUGAAUUUAAAGUUUAUCAAUAUUUUGUGAAAUCAGUCAUAUGCACAUCGUCAUGAAUAUUUUAUAACAUGUAGGUGGGCUGAUGAUGUCACAUCCCCACUUACCCUUUUUCUUAUUUUAUUACAUGAAAUCAUAAUUCUUUCAUUUUUUCAUACAUGUGUAAAUGAUGUGUCUCCAUUAUGAUGAAAUAAGUUGUGGCAAUAAAUAACUAAUGCACUUAAACAGUUGUCAAUCCAAUUGGUUUAGUUCUUGGUAGAAAAAAUUGAAUAAACCUAAUUUCAUAUAAUAAAAUACAAAAGAACAAGUGGGAAUAUGACAUCAUCAGCCUAUCUAAUGAAUAUUCAUGACAACAUGCCUAGAACUGUUUCACCUGAAUAAUGCAAAUCUUUAAAAUUCAAUAAAUUUGUUAUUUGUUAUCCGAUUUUGAUGAAAUUUUCAGCAUUUUUCUCUGUGAAUUUUACUCUAUUUAUUUAGAUAGAAAUAUUUUCAGCCCGGACCAUCCCUUUAAAAUAAUCCCAAAUAGAUGCAAGUUGGUCUGAUCCAGUAUGUGAUGCAUGUUUAAAAGCUUGGAGGAAAUUCUAAGAAAGAGGGUUAAAAUCUCCUUUGUGAAUUUUUGGUCAGUAUCUUCAUUGAGAAAAAUCAAUCUCAAAAUAUGAGAAACCUCCAAGAGGUGUAUGUUUCAUGUCCUGAAAGUACUGUAAAGAAUACUUAAUUUUGAUGGAUAUAGGUAAAAUAGGCAGCACACAAGAGCUAUAAUUAUUUUCCCAUUCCAACUGAUAGAUACGAGUGACUUUCUCAGCUUUUCAUUACAUGACCUGUACAAGAUUUUUGUUUCUACUUAUGAAUUUUGGAACUGGGUAAAACAUUGCAAUUAAAAUAUCUCUUGGAGAAGUCAUGAAAUCAAUAUUUAUCUUUACUUAUGCUUUUAUUUGUAACCUGGUAAAAGUGUCUCAUUUGAAUAUAUCUUGGGGGAUUUAUGAAAAUAAUAAAUCGAUGUUGAUUAUGAUAUCACAAACAAGUUCAUUUUUUGGGAUUAAAAAAAAAUUUAAACCAAUUCCUCCACUGUUACAUAUUUGCACUCCAACAUAUCAAAGAAUGGUGCAGAAUUUUAUUUGAAGCAAAAGCUUCAUCUAAAUGUUAUGUAUAUAAGAGAUAGAGUUAUUUAUGAGAUGUAUAUAUAGCAUAUUGCAGUGUAGUAUUAGUGUUACAAGAGUAACCAAAGAUAUUAUCAGUUGAGAGACAGAAGGAUGCUCUUGUAUGUAGUCCCACAUAUAUGAGUUUAAUGCCCUCCUGAAUCUCAAAAUGUAAUAUGAUGGUAGAGGAUAGUUCUAUGCGCCAUGCACCUUUAACCUGAUGUCAGAUAAAAAAAUUGAGAAGAUUGCUGAAAAAGUGAGACUAGUGAUGGAUGAAAGCUACACAAGUACUCUUUGCAAUAUAAGGGAACAUUCAACAUCAUGAUUGAAGGCAAAAAGAAAUUCAGAUAAACCUAUAUCUAUGCAUGUAAAUUACAAUAUUUAUUUAAUUCAAAGCAUUGAUGUAUUUGUUCACAAUUACAUUAAAGCUUUGUCUUGAUAGUGUGCAACAAAGCUCAUGAUAGAAUCUUUUGCCUCCGCAGCAUUUCAACAUUUUUCGUCAAGACGGCUGUAAGCUGUUGUCCAGUCAGGUUCUUCGAACUGUUAGUGCAAAAUAAGAUUUAUCCACGUUUGCGCAGGUGGCAGGGGCAAACUCCUGACAUCAUUUAAGAAGGCUCAUGCAAUCAUGAUGAAAUCAUCAUAAUAUGUGUUUUUACGCCCACAAACUUAGACAAUUUUAAAGACUUGGAGCACGUUAUUUCUGAAUACUAUGUAAUAUAUUGCUUAGCAUUACCUCAUCAUAUCUGAAGUAAGGAUUUACGGUGUAAAAAAGUGUUUUAGUAUCACAAAAUCCACACUUAUAAUUGAUCAACUCACUAAUCACACCAUGGAUUGGAAGAGGCAUGCCACAUGAGCCAACUAUUCUCUACCAUAUACAUGUACAUGUAGGAGUAGAUUAGUCUUCCUCCAGACAGAAUUAUUAUCACCAUGUGAGCAAUCUACUUAUGUAUUCAAAGAAAGAAGUGAUUUGAAUUUCCAAUUUGUUUUUUAUAUGUGAUGGAUCUAAUUUCAGAUGAGUAUUAGAAAGAAUUUAAUUUUACAGACACAUCAUUAAAAAAAAUGCUGUGCAAUUAUUUUUCUAUAGCAGUAUUGAAUUUCUAUUUUGACUGAGAUACAAUUAAAAUUCCCCAGCAUUUAUCAAGAAGUCUACCCUGAUGUUAGCAUGUUUUUAAAGAAAGCUGGAAAAUAAGAGGAAUAUUCAGUUUGAUGGGAAUCCAUUAAAUGAUAUAAAAAAAACACAGUCGAGCAGGCUGCAAAGUGACAUGAAGAUAAUAUUUUUAAAAAAUUGUGACUCAAUUUCUUUGAUUCUCACUGAACCGUUAUUGAGAUGUUUCUCUAAUAUCUAUUUUGCUUCUAUUUGCCUUCUUGAUGAAGCCCUUAACACCAAGGAUGUGAAGAAAUAUUAAAGGCAAGCCAUAACCAAAGAACCAUUGCUACGCCCAUUCCUGUCUAGACUUGGGGGCUUCAUAAUUUCAAUCUAAUAUAUUACAUUUUUUCUAAUAUGCUUACCACAAAUUUUGCCACUGUUAUUUAUGUCUAAUGGGAAUGGAAAUGCCUGGUCUGAUUAGUGUCAAUGAAUAGUUCAAAUUAUUUUAUGUCAACAUUAUAAAGUUAACAUUUUUAAGAAACGAUGUAAAUUUAACAAAACUUGGAUCAUGCAUGUUGCAAGAGAAAGCAUUGAUAUUGAUUUAUUAACCUUUCAGAACUAUUUGAUUAGGCUUAAUCCAAAUGAAUGUCAAAACUGCACAAAAAUCAGUUUGAAUCAGUUGCACAAGGCAGUAUUGUUUUGUAUUAUGUUGGUAUGUUUGUCUUCUGUUUUUUAGAACUUUUUCCCAGGGCCCCCUUUCACAAAACUUGAAUAAGUCUACUUAUCUCCUAAUUGCACAGGCAACAGUACAACAAUUAAGUGAUUACUAAGACUUAUUGUGGUUUUGUGAAUAUGGGACCUUGUGAAUAGUGGUCACUGUAGUAUAUUAUUGGUAUGGUGUCUUUGACUAUCAGGGAGAAUCGUUAUCUUCAGAAUAUUAUGCUUUGCAAGAAAUCAGGUUUGGCCAUAAAUUUGUAUUGUUACAAAGCACCUAGUAGUGGCUUUAGUAUUAAUCACUGCAGAUAAUUUGCUGAUGUACAUUAAGUUUUGCAGUAAAUUUUUUUUUUUUUUUCUACAAGAGUUUUGCUGCAAGAAAAAAGAAGGAAAGAAUAAUCAAAAUUGUGUCCAUAUUCAUCAUUAGAUGAAGAGUACUAUCGCCAUAACAAAAAGAAAUUUGUUACACUUAUUUUUUAUAUUUCUACUGCAUUUCUUUUACAGUAGUGUUGCCAAUGUAUAUAAAGGCAUGCUUUGAUAUAAUUGGUAAAACAUGGUAGAAUUUCUGUUGGUAUUGGUUUUAAUAUGGUGCUAAUGUAUUCUGAUUC